AUGGACUGGCCUGGUCUUAGUGUUGGAAGAUUCUAUGAUUUUUAUAGAGCACUAGGUGCUUAUGCUUAUGUGUAUCUGUUCGUUGAUGAUUUGCUGCUUCUGGUUUUUAAAGUUAUAGCUCAACUAGACGAUGAAUCCAAUUUGAAAGACAUUUUGUAUGUUUGUCCAUUAUCAGUCGAAGAUUUGACUGUUAGAUCUGAAACUGCUGUCCAUGUCGCCCUCAAAAACGGGAGUUUGAAAGCCUUUAAAUUCCUGUUAGGAUGGCUCCAAUACUUCAAAAAAGAGGAGAUCCUGAACUGGGAGGAUGAAGAAGGAAACAAUGCAUUGCAUACUGCAGUUUCUGCUAAUCAACCUGAGGCGGUGAAACUGUUGAUUGGUUGUAUGAAAGUGAAUAAAAAGAACGGUAAAGGUUUAACAGCUUUGGACAUCUUCAAUGAUCGCCAAGGUCAAGAUUUGGUAGAUGCAGCGGUCCGGGACAUUCUACUUGCCGCUAAAGCUAAAAGUGCAUCUCAACUCCAUUGUCCGUCUUUAAGAGGUUCAGAAGAAGCUUCACUAUUUAAGAACUCUUCCAGGGGCUUAUCAUUUUCUGCAAAAGAAUUCCGAAAAGCUUUGGUCUGGGUUACCGAAGCAUUGAUAAAGUUCCACUUGAAGUCCGAAAUGUUCUACUUGUGGUGGCUAUAUUGA